CGGAGCCGCUGUGUCCCCGGUCUGGCACGUUCCUAGCCAAAUUCUCCACGGUGUAAAAUUGGAUCCCCCCUUUUUCACAAAACUAAAAAAUAUCCCCUCUUCAAUUCCCUGCAACCGCUUCUACGUUUCCGCCUAAGACACAUCUCCAAAUCUCCACCAGAUACCUCUGAAGAUGGCGGUGGUAAGCGGGAUGUCGGGGUCGGCUGUAGCCCGGCUUGAGGGCCGAGAAUUCGAGUAUCUGAUGAAGAAAAGGUCGGUCACCAUCGGCCGGAACUCCUCGCAGGGUUCGGUGGAUGUCAGCAUGGGACACUCCAGCUUCAUCUCCCGGCGACACCUCGAAAUAUUUACCGCGGGAGAAGAUGGCACUGGCACGGGGGAAUUCUAUCUCCGAUGCCUCGGAAAAAACGGGGUGUUUGUUGAUGGGGUGUUCCAGAGAAGAGGGGCUCCACCUCUCCAGCUUCCACGAAUGUGUUGUUUCCGGUUCCCCAGCACCAGUAUAAAGAUCACGUUCACAGCCCUGUCCAAUGACAAGAAGGAGCCAAGGAACGUGCCCGAAUCACCGGUUAAGCCCGUCCAACCCCAAAUUUCCCCUCUGACCAUCAACAUUCCUGACAACAUCGCCCACCUCAUGAGCCCACUGCCUUCACCUACUGGCACCAUCAGUGCAGCAAACUCCUGUCCAUCAAGUCCACGGGGGGCAGGACUGUCCAGCUACAGGACAGGCCGUGUUUUGGCCUCUGACCUAAUAGGAGACAACUCCCAAUCAGAAAACGACAAAGAAGCCUCAGGUGAAGACAGCCCAAAGGAUGACUCCAAACCUCCGUAUUCAUAUGCACAACUAAUAGUCCAAGCUAUCACCAUGGCGCCGGAUAAGCAGCUAACACUGAAUGGAAUAUACACCCACAUCACCAAGAACUACCCCUACUACAGAACAGCUGAUAAAGGAUGGCAGAACUCGAUCCGCCACAACCUGUCCCUGAACCGGUACUUCAUCAAAGUGGCCCGCUCUCAGGAGGAGCCGGGCAAAGGCUCCUUCUGGAGGAUCGACCCCGCCUCUGAGGGCAAGCUGAUAGAACAAGCCUUCAGGAAGCGCCGGCCCAGGGGAGUGCCCUGCUUCAGGACCCCUGUGGGACCUCUCUCCUCCAGGAGCGCUCCAGCUUCUCCCAACCACACAGGGGCACUGUCUGCCCACUCUAGUGGGGUCCAGACCCCAGACAGCCUGUCCAGAGAGGGGUCCCCAGUCCCCAUGGAGCCAGAGCCUGCCGCGCCUCCAGCCCCCACCCAAACCACUGCAGUCCAGCCCAAACUCGCUGUCAUCCAAGAGGCCCGCUUUGCACAGAACUCCCCUGGCUCCCCCCUCAACAACCAGCCAGUAUUGAUCACCGUGCAGCGCCAGAUGCCUCAAACGACCAUGAAGCCUGUGACCUACGCCAUGGCGACGCCAGCCAUAGUAACGACAACAGGUAGCUCCGCCCCCGUCAUGCAGACCGUGCACGUCGUCCACCAGAUCCCAGCUGUCACUAUGGCAACUGUCGCCGGACAGCCCACUGCGGCAGUGAGCACAGAACCUCAGGAGAACGGAGGUGGAGAGCACCAAGAGAUCAAAGUCAAAGUGGAGCCGGUCCCAUCCAUCACAGCCUCGUCUAUAGGUGGAGUCAGUCGCAUCAUGCAGAGCUCUCAGGCUGCUCCUCUGACAACAGUUACCAUCGUGCAACAAGCCCCGCUCGGCCAGCACCAGCUCCCAAUAAAGGCCAUCACACAAAACGGGACCCAUCUGGUCCCGAUCGGUACUGCUGCUAGCACAGCCGUUGCAAACCCUCUUCACCUCCUGGCGGCCCACGCCUCUGCCUCGGCGUCCCUCCCCACCAAGAGGCAGAACGGAGAAGUGCAAGACCAACCCGAAACAAAGAGGGUGAAAACGGAGGAAGAGGAGGGCGGAGCAGCAGCUGCCAACAACGGCGCCACCAACAACGGCACCACGGACAGAGCCGGAGAAGGAGGGGUCAGUGAACAGAUCGGCGACAAGUAGCCUCCCCCCCGAUCUGCAUCCUGACCCCUGUUCUCCUCUACGUAUUGAGCCUCACCCCUCCCUCACUCUCACCCCUCCAUCCUACCUGGUUCUCAUCUACUCCAAGGUGCCAAAAAAAAAAAGAAGAGAUGCGGAAACACCUGCAGGACUACAGAAUGUUCAAAAACCUCCUCCUCAACCCCCCAGUCCUCUUCCAUAUAUUUAAGACCACGAAAUACGAUGCAAAAACUAAAGACCAAAUUGAAAAUGGGGUCAAAGAGUUGCUGAUGACUGUGAAUCCCUGAAGUUCGAGACCCAGAUGGCAAGAAGAAGCACAGGAAGAAAAACAGCUUUCAGAAUCCAGAUUUCCAGAUCACAAAUGACUUAACGGACAAGCGAGGGGUCCUGAAACUCCCCAAAGACAGAAAGGAGCCUCAUCCUGGUAGCAUUACAGACAAGCGCUUAACUGUGUCGGAUAGAAAAAGCAACCAAGUGAAAUCACCAGUAGUGUAUUCCGCAAAGGGAAGUGUGUGUAUGUACGUGUGGACAUUCCCAUCUUCGGCAGCUAGCCUCCAUGUCGACCUACCUAACCCAGUCGUGAGUAGAUAUGCAGUAUUCUGUUGUACAAGUGUAUCUUUGGAUCUUUUUUGAGUGUUUCUCCGUUUCCCAAGGCACAGAUACUAUCUAGUAAUAAUUAAGAUAACUAAAAGCUAUACUAAGUGGGGUCUUUAAGAACAUUUAAACAUCACAACACAUUUUGGGAAUCCCUUUUUCUUUUUUUGUUGUUUUUGUAUGUGGACUCUGUUCAGUGAAACGAAUGUAGUCUCCCUUUUUUUUUCCUACUGAGAAAACACUAUCUAUGGAGGGGGUGUUCUCUUUUCUGCUCAUUCAUGCAAAGGAAAUUUCUUUAUCACUGUACAUCGACAGAUUUUUUCAUAUUUUACAAAUAUCAUAUGAGAUAAAAAGUAUAUUCCCAUGCGUAUUUGACCAUAUGCUUCAUCGAGCUUGCAUGUUACGGAUCUAGAGACAAUGUACUUGAGCAGAUUAUCUGAAUAUGGAACUGAAGAAAACUUAGACUGAAUCUACGCUAUAUGAUUCUGACCAGUGCUGCACUUAACCUUCUUAGUUGUUUUUGUUUUCCUUUUGUAUUUUCAUUUGCUCUGUCCCCCCCCC